AUGUCAACCCCAGAUGCCCCCUCGACCGUCCCCGCGCCCAGCCCCAGUGAUGCGCCGAGCGUCCACCCAGUGGUGGGCACCGCUCUGCGCAUUAGCCUGAGCGCCAAAGAAUACCGAGCGCUCUUUGGUCUGCUGGGUAAACGGGCCCCAGGUGUUCAAGGCAAACUAAUCUCGCCGUCACAAUAUGAUGCUAUCGUCCACUCGAAGAACCGACGCAACGAGGCCGCCGUCCGCGCAUCGCUGCGGGUGUUUGUUGGCACCGGAGCUGCCCUGAAGCUGGUGGAGACGAUUAUCAGUCGGAUUCGUGGAGGUAUAGAGCAGAAGAAAGCCCGUGGGCCGCUACUCCGAUCUCCCAACUUCCGGCUCUCCCUCUCCUUAUCCCUCCUGCUUCUGCUUCAUCGUCUUCUUUACCGCUUUCUCGUUCGAAUCCGAGCCAAUUUGUGUACCGAUGAUGCCAAACCGUUCCGCGAACGAAACCCGCGCAUCGCCCGCGCGUUGACGUCGCGAUUUGCCCCGGCCGUGGGCGCAAGUGCGGCAGGCUUCGCUCUGGGGAUAUGCCCUCAGGACCAGCUCCGCUUGACCGUGGCAAUCUACACGGGAACACGGAGCUUGGAAUUCCUCUACAAUGUCAUGGAUUCGAAGGGGUGGCUGGAUAACCGCCCGUGGUGGUUCGGCAGCUGGCUGCUGAUGCCGGUCUCGUGUGCACAGCUCUUCCAUGCCUUUGUUUUUGAUCGGGAGAACACGCCAAAGUGGUUUGGUAAUGUUAUUUUCAGACUCUCGCCGAGCUACAUUCCCGGCCGACCGGAGGCGCUUCCAGAGGGCGUCUCUUGGCCGGAGAAAGAUCAGAUUGUGGACUCGCUGGCGUCUAUUGCGAGCCUGCGCUGGCCGGCGUUUAUUUCUCCAACCCUUCACCCAUCUGACCCUAAUACCCUCCCAAUAUCGGUCAAGUCGAUUGCUCCAAUUACUGGGCCCGCUCACCCUUCGAUUGCCCAUCUAUCCUGCGCAUUGCUCCAUCCGAGCGUUCCCAGCUGCAGCACCGCCUUCGUGCACCACAUCCUCCUCUCGGUGCCCCCGUUGGCCCGGUUCCUCACGGCCGUCAGUCUCGCACUGACCAUUCCCAAGCUGAAGACUGUCCUGGCGCAGCCUAUGACCUCUAUUAAUAGCUUAUCUAAGAGAAUCAUCACCAUGACGGCCGUUCUCUCGGCUGCCGUUGGUUCAGCCUGGGGCAGCGUCUGUCUCCUGAACAACACCCUGCCCCGCUCGACCCUCCCAACCAAGCGCUUCUUCCUCAGCGGUGCCCUAGGUGGUCUUCCAUUCGCGUUACUGGCUAAUAGCCGUAGCGUGUUCAUGUACUUUUUCCGCGCUGCAGUGGACUCGGCUUGGAAGACUGGUGUCAAGCACGGACUGUGGAAGGGCGGCAAGGCCGUUGAGCUGUGGCUGUUCGUGCUGUCGUGGGCCUUGAUGGGAUCAAUUCUCGAGGCUCACCCAGAGGCAGUCCAGGGCAAGGGUCUACGAAAGGGACUAGCAUGGUUGCGAGGAGAUGGGUUCGUCGACCUUGAAGAGGUUGAGAAGCGCAAGGCAAGGCGGGCGUUGAAGAAGGGGGAGACCAAGGACGAAUAA